CUCCGAGAGUGAGAAGGAACCCUGCCACCAAUAAGGAAGCUAGUCGCUCUCAACAGCGACGGAAUGAAGAUGUCGCCAUAAACCGGAACUCUCGGGGGGUAGCAUCUGAAAACAGUGGACGUAUGAAGGCAUUUUUACGUUGUAAGGAAACAACUAGCAUUGUAACCUACAACGUCAACACACUACUUGAUGAGGAUAAGAGGUGGGAAUUACAGCAUUGCAGACAUUGGCAGUACAUAGGAAUUCUCGGUGUGCAGGAGCAUCACAUCAUUCACUCUGACCACACUGAGUACACCAAGUUUGACACAAGCACUCUAGUGACUUCAUCUGGAUGGAGAAACAAAUCACAGGCAACACAGGAUGGGGUUGGACUACUCUUAGAAAGGAAAGCUAAAAAAAUCUCUACUGAAAAUGGUUCCAUCUAA